UCUGGAGAGCAGCUGAUGCGACAAGAUGCUGAGCGUCGCCUUGCCUGUUGUGUGUGCGCCGUCGCCUUCGGAAGCGUCUCCGCUCGCUCCGACAGCGGCAAUUUUUUGGAUGAUAAAUGGCUGGCGGAGAGAUGGGAUAAAUUCAGAGAUGAAGUGGAGGAGCCGAGAACAUGGACUCCAUCCAAGCCCUUCGAUCAAGGCCUUGAUCCAGCCAAAGACCCCUGUCUGAAGAUCAAAUGCAGUCGCCACAAGGUGUGUGUGGCUGAGGAUUAUAAAACUGCCACUUGUGUCAGCCAGAGGAGAGUUAGUUUCAAAGAUGCUAGUUUGUACCAGAGUCCAGGGUCGAAGUGUAAACCAUGUCCAGUGGUUCACCCCUCUCCUGUUUGUGGAACUGACGGACACACAUAUUCCACCAAGUGUAAGUUAGAAUACCAGGCAUGCAUCACAGGGAAGAAGAUCGCCAUGAAGUGUCCUGGCAUGUGUCCCUGCCCCACUCAGGCAGAACACAGCUCACCAGAAAAGAAAGUGUGCAGUGAGUCAGACCUGAAGGAGGUGGUGAAUCGACUGAGAGACUGGUUCAGAGUUCUGCAUGAGAAUGGCAACCACAAGAGAGUCAAAAUCCAAAAGCCGGAGAAGAACAAGUUUGAGGUCGGGGCGUCACCUAUUUGUAAGGACCCUCUGGGCUGGAUGUUUUCUCGUCUGGACACAAACUUUGACCUUCAGCUCGACCAAUCAGAGAUUAAGAGUCUUUACAUGGACAGGAAUGAACCGUGCUCUGACGCAUUCUUCAGAUCUUGCGAUUCACACAAUGACAAAGUCAUAACCAGCUCUGAGUGGUGCACAUGCUUCCAGAGGUACACAGAUUCCCCUUGUAAAGCAGAGCUGUCCAGUAUCAACAAAAAGCAAGCAGGGAAGAAACUACUCGGUCAGUAUCUGCCGUCCUGUGAUGAAGACGGUUACUACAGGACCCAUCAGUGUCACAGCAGCAGUGGCCAGUGCUGGUGUGUGGAUCGCUAUGGUAACGAGGUGGCUGGCUCACGCACCCAUGGCCCUGCAGACUGCGGUGUAAUCUUGGAGUCAUCUGGAGACCUCGGCAGUGGGGAUUCGCUUUUCACCGACGAUGAUGAAGAUUCCUUUGCUCUCAGUGACGACGGGAUGGAUGAUGAAGACGAUGAAGACGAGGAUGAUGACGAUGACAACGACGAAUAUCUGUCAUAAUUUUAAAAAAGAAAACAAAAAAAAGAAAAAGAGAAAACUGUUUGUUUGGUCAAACUGCACGUUUCUUGGUGACUCCCCAGGCAGAUACUUAAUCGUACUAACAGCCUAUGGACUACUCUCUGUGUAUCGUUUGUUCAUAAGUUUAAAAAAAAAAAAACAAUGUUCCUGGCAAAAUGUUUAUGAUUUCUCUUCUCGUCUAAAUAUAAAUAGAUUGGUUGAUGGCACUUGUUCAUUUGUCAGCCAACCAGAGAAUAUGACGGACUAAAUGACAACCAAUCCUUUGGAUUCGGUCACAUGUGCAAAGACCUCUUCUUUCAUUGGACACUCCAUGUCUUCUAGUGUGUCCUGUCCUUGUGCAGCACUCUUACGCCUGAGUGUGUUGACGCCUGAGGCACAAUGUUAAAGAGAUCCCCUCCUUUCCUUCAUGCCUUCAUCCCUUCCUCCCCUCCUGGACCCUUUACCUCUUCUCUAAUGUUCCUGUGUAUAGGUGGGAUGUUGAUGAUGUAGAUAAGAGAAUAUUGCACUCUUUAGGUUUUGUUUGAUCAUGAUUUGUAACUGUGACUGUAACUGUGUGGAAAAACAAGAUAAGUUAGACAUGCUUCAUUAGGAGAAUUAAGGCAAAAACACAGUAUGAGCUGGAUAACAAUCAGAACCGACAUGCGAGCUGUUUUCAGUGGAACACAAAUCAAGUCAGAUCAUCUCAAAGGCUUAGCAACAAAGAAAGCCAAAUUACUGCUUGAGAGAAAAAAGAACAGCAGUGUUUGGAGGGGAAUUAUCUAUUUUUCUAAUCCAUUCUUGAAUGAAUACAGAAGAUGAAACAGAUUUGUCGUAGCAUGUCUAAUACUGCGUGAUGGCGUUUCUCUCUGUAGAACCAGAGCCUAAACCUUUGCGGAACUUAAAAUAUAGUGUCGCUUGAGGCUGCAAAUCUCCUCCAAGCAUACAGAUGAAGCAACACUUACAUAGUCAUGAACUGCUUGAGCCUCAAAUUUGUGAGAUAAAAAUGUUUGCUGACCUUUAAUAUGUCAGUGAGCAGAAAGAAAAACUCAUACUUCCAAUGGUGUUGAUGUUUUUACUUUUCAGAUAUGAGUCUUAGACUUAAUGUGAUUUGAACACGUGGUGUGACAGAACAAAUCUCUUGCACAGUCAUAAAACCACAGAGCCAUGCAGACCUGUUGAAAAUGUCUGGCAGGGGAGAAAGGGUGAGGUGUGCCUUUUUCUGGUGAGGACAGAUGGUGGUCAUAGUGGCAGAGCAUGCUUACUGGACUAGACCUGAAGCUCAUUAUUACACUGCAUAAGAGUGGCUUUAUUGUCAAGUUUGGACUUGGUUCGGUUUGUGGUUUGCUUUUGGUCUCUCUUAUGAUGGUGUUACAUAGGCCAUAUUUCAGAUCUUCUGAUUUAUAACAUAGGAAAGCUAGAUAUAGAAAAGCACAGAGAUACUUAGCAGUUAAGGCAUAAAACACUUACACUCUGCUGGAUUUGAAACUGUUUUAUAUAUCAGUACACUGGCUAUAGAAAGCUUUGGUUUAGACAGCUUUAUAUAAAAAGAGGUGAUCAUCUUACAGUGUUUGCUUUUUACUUUGUACCUGAUCUGCUGUAACGACUUAUAGUGUAAUCGGUCAUUCAGAAACUCAAACUGAUCCCAGAUUUGUGUAUUCUUGAUAAGUCAUGUGACUUUGUUUUUAUGCAGACCUGGGAAUAGUCAUACUAUGUUCAUUUUCCAAUACUAAUCAGUUACUGAGAUUCAUUUUAGACUUUUUUCUUUCUUCUGAAAUUCCAUGUUAAGACCCGAGAAGUGCCAUCUAAAUGUCUGAUAGUUCAUUUUUUGCUACCCCAUAUUCCUUUUAACUUGGAAUUUCAAUUCACUUAAUGAACUGGAAGUCAUUUCAGUUUUAAAGUGUGUUUUUCUUUUUUUCUUCUUCUUCUUCUUUUUUUGUGAUGACAUGCAAAUCAUUUUAAUGACCUCAGACACUGUAGCCACUCUCAACCAAUCACACACUGUCAUCACAGCUCUGAUAGUGUUAGAUUAUGAUACAGAUACAUUUUUUACAGUGUAUGUAUGAUUUGCUGAAAUAAAAGCUAUAUUGACCAAUGA